AUGGCUGUCAAGUUCUGGUAUGCCAUCGAGUGGGGUUAUCAGUCGGGUCUCAUUGUAGAAGCUUCUCCAAUGUCCAAGACAACAGGCAACACAUGUGACAAGCAGCCUGGUCAGGCUCAAUACGGUGGUGUCACUCAAAAGGGUUCAGGUGACUCAGAUGGCAUCUAUUACCACAACAGCCAGGAAAUGGGCACUAUCUGGUCGUAUACUUCCGAGUUCGAUCGCGAUCAGUGGUUCUUCACCAGGCUUUAUGGUUCUCAAUUCGAUGACAUAGUAGGCUGGUGGUAUGCCAACGAGAAGCUAUCCUUCGCCACGUGGAAAAACAUUGGAGGUGGCAAGUUCUCGAAGGUCUCCGAUCUCGAUACCAAACUCUUCUGCAAUACGCGUGGCAUCUGGUGGGUUGACAUCAACAACGACGGCUACGAUGACUUCCUUUGCGUUUCACCCAACGGAGAUACAUUGGCUUCCAUCAACAAUCGAGACGGAACCGCUUCCAGCCCACCUACGUUCAGGAACAUUGGCACGAUCAAGGGUAAUGUCGGCUACAAGCAGGAUCGUGUCAGAUGGGGCGACAUCGACGGCGAUGGCAGAGCCGACUACAUGAUAAUCGACGAUAGUGGAAAUAUUCAUGCUUGGAGGAAUUCGGGUAUCUCUGACACUCCCACCUGGCAACCUCUCGGCUUGCGAUUUACCGCUAAGGGCAUGGGAGACCAGCGUGGUGUCCGCUUUGAAGACAUCAAUGGCGACGGGCGCGACGACUGGUUGUGGGUGGAUGACAGAGGUGCCACAACGACUUGGACCAACUCUCGAAGCUGUAAGAAAGGAAAGCCAGGCGAUGGACUCAAUGUUGCUUGGCGUCAAGGAUUCUGGAAGGGUGCCUCCUCUGGACCGACACACGCUGGUGUUGGUGCCAAUGGUCGAGACAGAAUUCACUUCGCGAGGAUCUAUGGCGAGGCUGCCUUUGGGCUCCUACCGAAGGCAGACUAUGUCUAUCUGCAAUCAACCAAGCAAUCAGACGGAAGGUUCAAGUUCGACAUGAAAGUUUGGAAGAACACCGGUGGUGGUUCUACCAAGCUCAAGGCUGAUGGCAACAAGUACUGCAAUAUGUUUGGUCAUGAGGAUGGACGACAGGAUUACGUCUGGACUCUUUCGACCGGCAAGAUGACUGUCUGGCCUAAUUUGGGAAAGAAGUCGGUCAGCGGUGACAACGAUGUAUUCUGGGGCGUACCAAAGGACCUCUGGAACCCUGGAAAGAACUACGAUCGCAGGGAUCUUCAUCUGGUUGAUUGGAACGAUGACGGCGCUUGCGAUAUCGCAUGGGUUGAUCCCGACAACAACAACAAGGUUUCUGUCUGGCUGAACAACUACAAGAAGACUGGAGCCUUUGACUGGACAUAUCUUGCCGAUCCGGCGCCACAACUCAACUGUCCAGAGAAGAGAGGCGUCGGUAUCCACGAUCUCGCUGUCAGAUUCGCCGACAUUUCGAACAACAAGAUGUCAGACUACAUCUGCAUUCAGCCUGACGGAAGAUUCUACGGAUGGACACACAACAGUGAUGGCUCGUGGGAGAAGAUCGCACAGUUCAAGAAAGCCGAAGGCAUCGAUCGCGCAAAUAUUCGUUUCGGCAACGUUAACGGACGGGGUGGUGAAGAUAUGAUCUGGGUCGACAAGUACACCGGUGAUGCCACUGUCUACAUCAACAACGGCAAGAUGGAUACCGGCGGUAGCAACUGGUGGUUCUUAAAGAGUGGAAAGCAGUACGCAGGCUCCUGGGCAGGUACCUGCCAAUAUUUCCCCGAUCUGGAUGGAGAUGGUAGAGCAGACUUACACUCUAUCAUGGCUACCUUUGACAACCGCGGAGAGACCUUCUUCAACCGUUGCGGCAUGACCGAUGCUACAGGUGAUGACGCGGGUUGGGCCCCAGGGCAAGAUCCAGGAUUUGGGGCCCUGCCACCACCCGGUAGCGAUGAGAAGCCAGGAAGCGGAGGCGGUGUUCCAGUCCUUUCCUCUACUUGCAAGGAAACUUGCUGGAAUGUUGCGGAGAACAAGGAGACAAAAUGCAAGAACGACGGUACCGAAUGGGACAUGGAGCCCAGGGAUGAUGGCGUUCCAGAGGAUGUCCUGACCAUCCACAAAUUUGCUGCCAUUGGAGACUCCUACUCGGCUGGAAUAGGUGCUGGUUCUAGGCUUGGGAGUAUAUACGACGCUUUCGAAGACGGUAGUGGUAAGUUUGCAACCUUGUCACUAUGCAAUAUACGCUGA